AGUUAUCUGGCCAUGUAGUGCUUCCUUCCCACGUCUGUUUCUCGGCGGCUAUGCUGUGGAAAGCUGCUUCUCUCCUCCUUCUUGCCCUUCUGCUCCUCCUCCUUCCCCUGCGAGACUGUGUGAGGCAGGAAAUAUUUUCCAAUGCUGUGUGGAAUGAGGCAACUAUACAUGACUUCAUAGAAGAUGACAUCUUCUUUGAGAUCUUGUAUCCCAAGGAGCUCGGCUACACCUAUCGCCUCAGACAAGCUAAGAACUUUGGCACUCCUUUUGAGCGGGUCUUCAAGGGGAUUCGACUGGUGUUAGCCGACCCGCUGGAAUGCUGCUCCUUCCCCUACAAUGCUCCAGAACUCCAGGGAGCUGUGGCCUUGGUGUCCAGGGGCGGCUGCUCCUUUGUCAGCAAGGCGGUGAAAGCAGAGCAGGCCGGCGCACUGGCUGUGAUAGUGAUGGACAACGACAAGGACAACGACGAGAUGUAUGUGGAGAUGGUGGAGGACAACACUGACAGAAACCCAAACAUACCUGCUGGUUUUCUUUUGGGCAGGAGUGGGUACAUGAUUGCCAGGACUCUGAGGGAUGAACAUGAGGAGGCUGCAAUAAUCAACAUUCCAGUUAACAUGACGUCCGUUCCGUUCCAUAAACUUAACCAGCCGCCCUGGAUACUGUGGUGACCCAGAGCUGCUUAGGUGUAGAUUGUUAUGUACAAACUGUUUUUCGGACUGAGUCUACCUCAGGAAUUUCCUUCAAUCCACAGUCAAUAAGGAAAGGCAUUCAGUUGGCAAUACAUUUGUGCAAAGCUAAUUUAACAGGGCAGCUCUAGUUUAUUUUCUUAACUUCUCCAUCAAUAGACAAAUGGUGAGGUGGGGAUGCAUUUUGAACAGGGCAGCUCUAGUUUGUUUCCUUAAGGUCUCCAUCAACUGACAAAUGGUGAUGUUCCUUAAUAAAGAGUGAUCAUGUAUAGCGAGUUUCCUGUAUGCAAUCUAUCACAUACUAAAAAUUUUUGAGUUCACAUCAGCCACCUUAAUCUAUUCAGAUGUCACAUUCCUCAUUGUUAAGUGUCUACAUUUAAUAAACUAAAACAAAUCA